UUUGAAUUUUUUCUUCUGUAGAUUUGAUAAUGGGCUGCAUUAAAAGUAAAGAAAACAAAACUCCAGCCAUUAAAUAUAGAACAGAAAACACUCCAGAGCCUGUCAGUACAAGUGUCAGCCAAUAUGGAGCAGAGCCUUCAGCAAAGGGAACGUCGGUGAAUUUUAGCAGUCUUUCCAUCACACCAUUUGGAGGAUCCUCAGGGGUGACGCCUUUUGGAGGGGCAUCUUCCUCUUUUUCAGUGGUGCCAAGUUCAUAUCCUGCUGUUUUAACAGGUGGUGUUACUAUAUUUGUGGCCUUAUAUGAUUACGAAGCUAGAACUACAGAAGACCUUUCAUUUAAGAAGGGUGAAAGAUUUCAAAUUAUUAACAACACGGAAGGAGACUGGUGGGAAGCUAGAUCAAUUGCUACAGGAAAGAAUGGUUACAUCCCUAGCAAUUAUGUCGCGCCUGCAGAUUCCAUUCAGGCAGAAGAAUGGUAUUUUGGCAAAAUGGGAAGAAAAGAUGCUGAAAGAUUACUUCUGAAUCCUGGGAAUCAACGAGGUAUUUUCUUAGUAAGAGAGAGUGAAACUACUAAAGGUGCUUAUUCCCUUUCCAUUCGUGAUUGGGAUGAGCUAAGAGGCGACAAUGUAAAACACUACAAAAUUAGGAAACUUGACAAUGGCGGAUACUAUAUCACAACCAGAGCACAGUUUGAAACUCUGCAGAAAUUAGUGAAACACUAUACAGAACAUGCUGAUGGAUUAUGUCACAAGCUAACAACUGUGUGUCCAACUGUGAAACCUCAGACUCAAGGUCUAGCAAAGGAUGCUUGGGAAAUUCCUCGAGAAUCUUUACGGCUAGAGGUUAAACUAGGACAAGGAUGUUUUGGUGAAGUAUGGAUGGGAACAUGGAAUGGAACAACAAAAGUAGCAAUCAAAACACUAAAGCCAGGUACAAUGAUGCCAGAAGCUUUUCUUCAAGAAGCUCAAAUCAUGAAAAAAUUAAGACAUGAUAAACUUGUUCCACUAUAUGCUGUUGUUUCUGAAGAGCCAAUAUACAUUGUCACUGAAUUUAUGUCAAAAGGGAGCUUAUUAGAUUUCCUUAAGGAAGGAGAUGGAAAGUAUUUGAAGCUUCCACAACUGGUCGAUAUGGCUGCUCAGAUUGCUGAUGGUAUGGCAUAUAUUGAAAGAAUGAACUAUAUUCACCGAGAUCUUCGGGCUGCUAAUAUUCUUGUAGGAGAAAAUCUUGUAUGCAAAAUAGCAGAUUUUGGGUUAGCAAGAUUAAUCGAAGACAAUGAAUACACAGCAAGACAAGGUGCAAAAUUUCCAAUCAAAUGGACAGCUCCUGAGGCUGCCCUGUAUGGUCGAUUUACAAUAAAGUCUGAUGUAUGGUCAUUUGGAAUUCUACAAACAGAACUGGUAACAAAGGGCAGAGUGCCAUAUCCAGGUAUGGUAAACCGGGAAGUGCUGGAGCAGGUGGAACGAGGAUACAGGAUGCCCUGCCCUCAGGGCUGUCCAGAAUCCCUCCAUGAUUUGAUGAAUCAGUGCUGGAAGAAGGACCCUGAUGAAAGACCAACGUUUGAAUAUAUACAGUCCUUCUUGGAAGACUACUUCACUGCUACAGAGCCACAGUACCAGCCAGGAGAAAAUUUAUAAUCCAAGUAGCCUGUUUUAUAUGCAGAAAUCUGCCAAAAUGUAAAGAACUUGUGUAGAGUUUCUCACGUACAGGAAUCACGAGAAGAAAAUCUUUACUCUGCAUGUCUUUCAUGGUAAACUGGAAUUCCAGACAUGGUUGCACAAAACCACCUUUUCCCCCUCAAGUGUUAAACUCUAAAGUACCAAUGAUGAAUUUUCCAACUUACUUCAGGGUCCAAAGAAAAGAGAGCUAAGAUCCCGCUGAUAGUGUGGUGGAAUAGCAUGGUCAGGAAGAACAGCAAAGCUACUGCUCAAAAAUCAUGUCCUUCCUUUCAUUCCCCAAACUCAGAACUGUUAAGAGAAAAUUAUUUAUUGUUAUAGACAAAAU